AAGAGAGAGAGAGAGAGAGAGAGAAAAAGAAAGAAAGGGAAAAAAAAAGCUACGAGAUGGCAAAGAAUAAAGAAGAAGAGAAAGGUCACGUUUCUAGAAGCUAAGCCAUGCGUAUCGUUGUCGCGAGGGCAUAUGAGUGCACCGCCAGCCAGACGAGGGUCCAGCCUGCUGCUGGUGCGCAGCACUUGUCACCUGCAGCGUGCGACAGGUCUCUUCCAUCACGGCGCGGCAGUUGUGUGACCGAUGCCCGGCAGACUUGCCGAUAAAUCCCGUCCCACGCUGGAGGUCUCAGGCCUGUCGCUGCAGCAAUUAUGUCGGCAAAACACCAUUCCUUUCAUUUUUACUCGUGCUGAACCUGAGUGGACGAUAUGAAUUCUGUGGAGUCUUCGAGGUGACUUUUGUUUUGUUUUGUUCUGCAAAGUGCCUGGCAGUUGUACGGACGUGGGAGGGAUACCACCAGCCAGAGAUGCCCCACUGACGGAGAGCUAUUUCCGGCCAGCAAGUCCAAUCAUGAUGAUGCAGUUAGCACAGAGGUUGUCAGAUAAAUUCGACGACCGCCGCCUCAGGAUCAACGUGGGCGGAGUAAUCUUCGAGACAAUGCGAAGCACCCUGAGGAAACGGCCGGCCACCCGGCUGGCGCUGCUGGCUGACCGGCUGGAGUCGGACGAGACGUGGGAUGUUGAGCGGAAAGAGUACUUCUUCGAUCGACAUCCGGGCGUUUUUUCAUCCAUUCUGCACUGCUACCGCACAGACGAAUUGCACACAGAGCACAAUCUGUGCGGGAACAUCAUAAAAAAUGAACUAGAGUACUGGGGCUUGACAGAGCUCGACAUCGAGCCCUGUUGCUGGGGUCACUACUGCAAGUUCAAGGAGAACAAAGAAACGUUGACUGCACUAGAUGACAACUUCACCUUUCGUUUCGAAGAGGACAGCCUGACCAAGGAGCUGUCCUACUUCACAAAAUUCAAGCAAAAUAUGUGGAUCUUUCUAGAAGAUCCGUCAUCAUCUCGGGGAGCUAAGGCCUUUGCCCUCCUGUCCAUGUUCUUUGUGCUGCUGUCGAUCGCUGUGUUCGUUCUGGAAACUCAUCCAAUCUUCCGAGUGCCACUGCCCAACACCAAGGUACCCAACAGCACGACCACCACGAACUACACGACAGACAACUCGUGCUGCUGCCAGACCCAGACCACCACCCCCAGUCUGUCCUUUGACCAGACCGAGCCGCACGAGGUCAUGACCUAUCUGGACUACGUCUGCGCCUUCUUCACGCUGGAGUACCUAGUGCGUGUCGGCUUCGCGCCAAAGAAGAUGGAGUUCUUCCGCCGGCCCCUCAACAUCAUCGACAUUCUGUGCCUUCUGCCUCACUUCACGUCCAUCAUCAUCAAGACCGUCAUCUCCAGCAACAGCGCCACCAACAUAUUGCGCUCCGUCCUGGCGCUGCGCAUCAUCCGGGUCCUGCGAAUUUUCAAGCUGAUGAAACACUAUACGGCGUUCAAGAUUCUGGUUUACACUAUAAAGGUGAGCACCAAGGAACUGCUUCUGCUGGUGGUUUUUCUCUUCUCCGGCGUCCUCAUAUUUGCCAGCGUCAUUUUUUAUGUAGAAAACAGCACCUUCAGUAACAUCCCUAUUGGAUUCUGGUGGGCCAUCGUAACUAUGACAACUGUAGGCUAUGGUGAUAAGGUGCCAAUGUCGGAAGGUGGCUACAUCAUAGGUACCAUGUGCGUGAUAUGCGGAGUUCUGACCGUGGCCUUCACGGUGCCUAUUGUGGUCAACAACUUCACGCUCUACUACAUGCACGCGCAGUCGCGCAAUCAGCUUCCGCCACAGAAGAAGUUAGAGCUGCAGCGAAAGCUCAUCCUGAAGAACCAGCGGGCAGCUGAAUUCAUCAAAAGACUUGCCAUCAACGUACAAAACCGUCGCCAGAACACAACCACCAUCGACAGUUUCAACAAGCUUGAGGACAUGAAGACCCCGAGAACAAUGACAUCCAGGAACUCCAAGGACUCAGGUAUAGACACUUGUGUCACACCCAGUGAAGAUCGUGUCCACUCUGGCUCCAGGAGGGAUAAGAGACAAUCAAGUUUACAGGAUGUCAACGUCAACGACCACAACUCAUCAAGAAUACAGACGGUGUCUGAAAUCGUUCAGGAGUUUGAGUUACCAGGGACACCAGAAAUGGACUUUGGGUUCGAGCACGAUUCGAAAACACCCCAAGUCUUGGAAUCGGAACAUCUGCUUCACGAGCUCCAGGAUGUGGAGGAGAAGAAAAAGGACGAACGCAGACGACAACUGGACAUGAUAGCUCACCGCAGAGAGCAGGUCAAGGCCAAGCUGACUCCUCGAUCUCAGUUAGCUUCCGGUGUCGCAGCAUUGUCAAAAACAUCCCAGCCUCAUCACUAGAGGAUGCGAGGGUCAGCUACGCCAUUUGCAGAACAGAUGCAAGGACAUGGAACGCCAUUUGCACAGCAGCUGCAAGGACAUUGAAAGAAUCCCGCUUACAAAUGGUUGAAAAAUGUCAUGAGGCAGACGAGGAGAUAGACCACGAGAAACCAUUUAUAGGAGCAAAUUUUGCUUAAUCACUUCCAUUCAGAAAUGGGUCUACAUGGAAAUUUAGUAAUCAAGUUACGUGAUUUUUUUUUGGAACAGAAAAACACGAAGAAUCCCAAACCUAGUCCUGGCGAAAAAAGAACAAUCUGCUCAAAGAGAACCCAUAAUGUCCGACUCAUGUCGCAGGAUUUUGUUUCACUUUGCGGAUUGUUAGAGUGGCUGGUGAUAUUAGGAGCCACCAAGACAUCAAAGAAAAUGCCUUUAUUGGAUUUACAGAGAAGCAGGGAGACUGUGAACGCGACUGAACAGUUGCACAUAGCAGCAAAUGUCAAUGUGUUGAUGAUGUCUUUCAAUUAUCUACGAUUUAUUAUGUUCGUCGUCAUUGUGAUUAGUGUCGUCGUCAUGGUGAUGGCCAUCAUUAUUAUCAUUAACAAUGCCUUUGGUUACCGGGUUGUCCAAGGACAACUUUUUUUUUAUACUUUCCCAGGUGCAGCUAGGAUCUGGUCUGUCAUGCUGAUUUCUGUUUGUACUUUUCAUCAUUCCUCACUCAGCUAUCGUUCAGGGUAUUUUGCUCAAGCCAUCACGAAUUCCUGUAUAGUGUUCUACAGCUUUUUUGUCGCCCAUCCGGUUUUAUAACUGUUACAGAACAGGACAAGGUUGUAAACAUUUUAUUUUAAUUUCUGCACAUGAAAGUGUCCGUAUAUUUUUAGAACAAGAACCCAACUUUUAACCAAAGAGACGGAGAAAGGUCUGUCUGCUGAUGAUACACGAAUCUUAAGGUUAGGUACUACCAACCUUUUUACCAAUAUCGUUCAGAUAAGGUCAAACAGGUAAACCUGGUGUUUAUUUCAGAUUAGAGACACCUGUGUGAGGUACCUGUUCAUGCUGCAAGAAAUAAAAAACAUCGGAUGCUAGACACCAUUUUUUUUAAAGGCUAAACCAAUAACUUUCAAAUAAGCAAAGACUUCUCCCAUCUGAACCCUUCAGACCUUUCAGUGUUAUCUCAACAUCAGAUUCAGCUCAGCGACAAUCGAUACAUGGUGACAGGUCGUCGAGAAUGGCAUGUUUAGAGGAGCUGAUAAAGAAAAUACUGAACAAGAACUUCUUUUGUUGUGCACCUCGGGUGAUAGGGCAGGUGUAACCACCUCACUCACUCCGCCACACAAACAAACAAAUAAACUCUCACGUGGCAUGUUAGGCGUGUCGAAAACAAGUGCAAAGUAGGUGAUGCCGGCAAUUCGAUACAUUACUGGUUUCUAACCCAGCAUUGAUACCAGCAGUUGCAUUAUGCAUUAUAUUGCCUUAUCAUUUCCCGAGCAAGAGGGAAAUUGGGGGCUGUCUCUCUCUCUCUCUCUCUCUCUCUCUCUCUCUCUCUCUCUACAGUGGAGGUAAUCAAUAUGCCGGAGAGAAAAAUCGUAAUGAAGAACAAGUCGAAAAUAUGAUCUCCUAGCUCGUUUCCUUUUGUGGUUUAUGGUCAGUUCUUGUAAGCAAUGUUUAGGGGAAAUCGAACAAGAUGGCGAAUAGACUCCUUUUACCAAAUCGUUUUUUGCGUCUCAGUGAAGGACAUGGGUUGUGAAAACGUAGUUCUGUUCAUUUUCUUGAACUGCACUGGUCGUUUGGAAGGAUGCGAAGUAUGACGAAUGCAGCAGAUGACAAGGGUCUUCAUCAAGCAGGGGAAGUUUAGUUUCCUGUUUGCCAGUCUGUUCCUCUGUCGACCUCUUGAAGGUCUCUUAACGCACGAAAGGGGAGUAGGGGGAUGGACGAGGGUCUUAGAGUGUUUUACGCUGUCACAUGACCAAUCAAUAUUAAAUAAAGACCUCCAAAUGUCGGAAUUUGUCACGUCCCGGUACGUUAGAGUUGUUAGUCGGCGUGACACUUAAUUGUAUCACCGAGCUCUGUUGAGGAUGCGGAAUCACAAUUUUGGUGUGAUGGGGGUCAAUGAACGCUGCCCCUCCGAAAGUACCGAAUACAAGAAGUUGUGAAAGCUGUCAGUGCAGUUUUUUAAAUUUAUUUCUAAACUCCUGGCCUCCUGCUCCCCAGCCAGACAAUGCCACUCUUUGUUUGAUGACCACAUCCUUGUCCCAGAACAACCACAUAUGGUCAUCGAAGUUUUAGUUACUGUCCUGCACAACAUUGGAAAUCUCUCCCCUUGAAUAUCCUCCACCUAUCCACCGUUGAAUUCUUUAAACGUGCACUGAAACACACCUGUUUUAUGAUUAUUACUCUUAACAUCAAUCCACAUAAUGCUAGUUCCUUUUAUAACCCUUUCUUUCACUGUUUUCCCGUCUAUUGACUAGUCUGCCUGCUCCUAUUGCCCUGCAGAUUUCCGCAACUCUCAAUCUUUGUUUGUUCCACGAUUCCUCUUUGCGUCUUCUAUGUUUUUCUUUUAUUACUUGCCUGCACGGUUGUUUGUCCUUCAGUCCAUUGUCUGCUGGCAAAGUCUCGUCUAGUCUCAAGCGAUGAGAGCAUGAUCUUUCAUCCUCAUCAUCAUCGUCGUCGUCGUCGUCAUCGUCAUCAUCCUCAUCGUCAUCAUCAUUAAGCAAAUACUUGCAGCAAAAAAAAAAGUGCACUAGUCUGUCAGUAGUCUAUCCAAAUCCACUGAUUGUUCUGAUACCACAAACGAAAUGAACCUGGGUAAAAGAGAAAAAAAAUUAAAUAACAGAUUUAAGUCCACUUAUUGAUUUGUCUUGUCUGCAUCAGAAGUAAUUUGUCCUUUCUGUAAUUAUCAGUUUCGUGAUUCUCAUUUAUUUGUUGUUGAUUGUGCUGGUCACAAACAAUAAUCUCUGAAGUUCUUAACAUUGCUGACAAUAUAUGGAAUGUUAGUUUUACAAUUUAUUUUUCAUUAUAAAUUUGUUUAUAACAGAUUUCUGAAACAAUUUGUAUGUAAAAUUUAUAAAAUAUGCUGAGUUGACCGUCAUUAAUUAUGAAAACACUUGAAAGCAUACAGAACACGGGAAUAGAAAGAGAAAAAAAUAUACCAUAUAAAAAAACGGCUUUUUGACACAACUCUUGACAGAUACUUUGAAGAAUCUCAUUACUUCUAGAGCUAAAAUAGGGCAAUUUAAAGAUAUUAAAACUACACAAAAUAAAAGUUUCAUCACGAACUUGUUUUCAUUAAAUUAAGGCUAGUUUAUCUCCACUUCGUCUUUGUCAACUAAAGCUCGUAAAAAAUUAAAACGGUUUUUUUUUCUCUCAAAUAGGAGCUUGAAUGUACAUAUUUAUACAGUUAAUAAUUGAUCAGCUUGUAUAUAUAUAAUAUUUACAUUCUCCAGUAGCUGUUUACUGUAUUCUUCAUGUCCAGAGCAAGCAAAAACAGAGGUCAGCCCAGAAGCAUUUCAUCUGUUAUUGUCUAUCGUCAAACCCUCCUCAAGUGAGAAAAGGAUUUUUUUUCUUGCUGCAAAAGAUUCCGUCCUAAUGCUAUUCUCUUAAUGAAUGUUUUUACAUUGCACUAUAUUGGUUUAUAUUUAUAAUUACCUAAAAUGUCCCAGUUAAUUAUUUAACACACAUCAAAGCAUGUGGUAAGA